AUGGCCAUGGUCCCCUUGGAAGCCGUCAUUCUCCUCACAGAACUCAAGAUCUUGGCGGAAGUCACCUUGGCAACACUCAUCACGGCGGUCUUGGCGGCACUCAUCACGGCACUCUCAGCGGUCUCAGCGGUACUAAUCACGGUGGUCUUGGCAGCACUCAGCACGGCGGCACUCAUUACGGCGGUCUCAGCGGAACUCAUCUCGGCGGUCUCGGCAGCACUCAGCGCGGCGGCACUCAUUACGGCGGUCUCAGCGGAACUCAUCACGGGGGUCUCGGCAGCACUCAGCGCGGCGGCACUCAUCUCAGCGGUCUUGGCGGCACUCAUUUUGGCAGUCUUGGUGGCCCUCAUCUCGGCAAUCUCAGCAGCAGUCAUAUUGGUGAUCUUGGCGGUACUCACGGUCUCAGCGCUUGCCUUGGCGAUUUCCGCUCCACCAAUGCUGCUACUGGUCGUGUUUCCAUUGUCGAUACUCGUUACGGCGGCCCUGAUCUCGCUACUGGCAACCUCAGCAAUCCAAUACCCUCCAACCUCAAUCACCAAAGCGGUCAUGGUCUCCCCGCUGGGGCUGACUCGCAGUGUCGCCAACAGCAAUCUUCAAACAGGCCCGGUCAUGCUGGCCCAGACCAAUCAACAAACAAGUCACAAACCACUCCUUUCAGCCCGCGCAACCUUGUUUAAUCUUUAA